AUGCGUGGUGGCGAGUCGGAGACUCAGAAAGGUCCCACGGCGUCCGACCGGCACAGCCGUAACAACACGCAGAAGAAACUCCACAGGUGCGAUGACUGCGGGAAGGUUUUGAGCUGCGCGGCCAAUCUACGCCACCACUACCAAAUCCACACCGGAGAGAAACCCUACGGCUGUGCCACGUGUGGGAGGACAUUCGCCCUGCCCGGUAACCUCCGGGCCCAACUCAACUCGCGCUCAGCUAAAGAAGAAGCGCGAGGACAGGAUCAGAGGAAGCCCACGGCGACCGCGCACACGUGCAACGAGUGUGGCAAGAGGUUUUCCUCGUCGUCAAACUUACGCACGCAUCGGAGCAUCCACAGGGGGGAGAGGUGGUUCACUUGCGCACUCUGCGAGAGGAAGUUCCUCCAGUUGGGUAACCUGAAAGCGCACCAGAUGUGGCAUGCUCAAGAGAGGCCACACCAGUGCCCCCACUGCCCAAUAAGACACCAGCUCCGCCACUCCAGGGAGCGGCCUCACCUGUGCGCCGCCACCUGCGGGAAGACGCACACGUGCGUGGAGACGCUCAGGACGCACGAGAGGGUCCACACCCGAGAGAGACCUUACAGCUGCUCCGUCUGUGGGGAGAGUUUCGGCUACCUCAGGAGUCUACACGGCCAUGAGAAACCAGAGCACAACAUUGGAUAG